AUGUCUCAGGAACCUAGGACAUACGCUCUUCUCCUAUUCCUUUUUCUGAGCUAUGGAGUGGCAAGUCUCAGAGUUCCAAAUUCCAGGCAGGAUUUGCAUCCAUUGUUGCAAAAAAUGGCAGAAGAAAUAAUAGAUGGAAACUAUCUGAUGGCAUUACUGGAUCUCAUACAAUUUCAAAGCUCCCACAUGUGGACGUCAGACCUGUCCCACAGAGUCCUGGCCUACCUGAAUUCACGGAAUGUUGCCUUCACCAUCUCCAGCCUGCAGGCAACCAUGGAAACGCACCUGGAGCAGCGUCUGUACCAGCCCCAAAAUCUACUGCAGGACCUGAGGGAAGCAGAUGCCCAGCAGUUCUGCACCGCCAUGAAGUACCUCUGGGAAGACAAGAGGGACAACAUGAAACUGGAAGAUAUCGUUAUCGACUUGAGAGAGAUUCGGAAACAAGCCUUGCAGAGCCCAGGCGUGAAUCGCAGCCUAUUUCUCAUCACACUGGAGAGGUGCUUCCAGGUGCUGAACUCUCAGGAGUGUGUGGAGAUCCUGGGCAAGGUGCUGAGGGGGUCCUCAGGGAGCUUCCUGCAGCCUGAUAUCACAGAGAGGCUUCCCCAGGACCUGCAUGAGGACGACUUCAAGAACCUAUCUGCGGUAUUCAGAGACCUCUAUGACCAAACCUCGGCCCAUUCCCAGCAAGCUCUCUACUCCUGGAUGGCUGGUGUUUUGCAGACAUCCUCCAAAUCUACUGAUAACUCUGUUUCAUGGGUCAGCGCAGAAAACUUAUGGAUCUUGGGCAGAUAUAUGGUUCACCUAUCACUUGAAGAAAUUAUGAAAAUUAGUCCUGUAGAAAUUGGGCUGUUUAUCAGCUAUGACAAUGCCACCAAGCAGUUGGACACAGUCUAUGAUAUCACGCCUGAGCUAGCCCAGGCAUUUCUGGAGAGGAUCGACUCCUCCAACUUCGACAUGAGGAAUACCUCUACCAUCCACAGGCUCGGGCUGCUGGUUUGUUUCUAUAGUGACCUGGAGCUGCUGGACGCCACCAUGGCCCAAGUUCUUCUUCACCAGAUGAUCAAGUGCAGCCAUCUGCAGGGCUUUCAGGCUGAUGUUCAGAAGCUUAAAACUGACCUCCUGGACAUUGCUACAGAGAACCAGACCCUCAAUGAGACCCUGGGCUCUUUGUCGGAUGCGAUUGUGGGCUUGACCCACAGUCAGCUGGAAUCUCUCUCCCCUGAGGCUGUGCACAGUGCCAUUUCUACCCUCAACCAGGUGCCAGGCUGGGCCAAGAGCCAGGUCAUCAUCUUGUCUGCCAAAUACUUGGACCAUGAGAAGGUGCUGUCUUUCCACAAUGUCAGCCAGAUGGGUGUGCUGCUGCCUGGGGUCAGCACCCAGGCCUUCUACAGCAUGGAGCACAGGGACCUCGCGCAGGUCCUGAGAAGCGCUGUCUCCUUGCACAUGUCUGAUCUGUCGCCUGCCCAGCAGCAAGGUGUCCUCAGCAAGAUUAUUGAAGCAGGAGAUGCCACCUCCAGUGUUGUGGAAAUACAAGGAGCUUUCUUUAAGGAAGUGUCUCUCUUCGAUUUAAGGAGGGAAACUGGAUUCAACGCAACCGUCCUAAAGGAAAAGGAGCUUCGGAGGAGUCAAGCCUUGUUCCUGUAUGAGCUUCUGUCAAAGACCACCAGAAGGCCCGAGGAGCUCCUGAGUGCAGGGCAGCUGGUCAAAGGCGUGACAUGCUCCCACAUUGAUGCCCUGAGUGCUGACUUCUUCCUGGCCCAUUUCCAGUACUUCGAGAACAACCUCUCUCUGCUUUCACCAUACCAGGUUAAUUGUUUGGCGUGGAAAUACUGGGAAGUUUCCAGGACCUUUAUGAAGCCCUUCCUCUUGGCUGUGCUCCCGGCUAACUACCUGGCUUCUGUCCCAGCUUCCCGAUGUGUGCCCUUUUUGAUCAGCCUGGGGAAGAUUCAACUGGAUUCCUUGGUUUUGGAUUCUCACAAAAAGAGUGUGGUCCUCAGGAAAGUGCAGCAGUGCCUGAAUAACUCCAUUGCUGAUGAGUACACUGUAGACAUCAUGGGGAACCUGCUCUGCCACUUGCCGGCGGCUAUCAUCCACCACGGAGUGUCCCCCAAGGCCUGGGCCACUGCCUUGCACAGCCUCAGACACUGUGCAGACCUCAGCCCUGAGCAGAAGGCUGCAGUGAGGCUCAGGCUCCUGGAGCAGCAUGGUCUCCCCCAGAACUGGACAGCUGAGAUGACAAAGGACUUGAGACCCUUUCUAGUACUUUUCUCAGGAGAUGAAUUAAGCUCUGUUGCCACAAAGUUUCCUGAUAUCCUUCAACAAACAGCUUCUGAGAUGACUGGGGUCUCGCUCCCUAAAGAUUUCCUUUGGGCUGUCUUUGUGUCUGUUCGGGACAGAAGUGCGAGGAGCCCCAGCACAGCCUCCAGCCCUGGUUGCCGUGGAGUCGAGGUUCCCUCUUCGGAUGACAUCUUCAGGUUGGGUGAAGCCAAUGUCUGCUGGGCACCCCAGCACCUACUCUGCAUGGAGGAAGACACAUUCAUCAGGAAUGUGGACCUUCUGGGGGCUGUCAGGGGUUUCAGCCAUCCUCAGCUCAUGGCCCUAAAGGAAAAGGCAGUACAGGUCUGGGAUAUGCCCUCUUACUGGAGAGAACACCAUAUUGUCUCCCUCGGCCGCAUUGCUCUGGCUCUUAGUGAGAGUGAGCUGGAGCAGCUAGAUCUCAGUUCCAUUGACACUGUGGCUUCCCUAAGUCAGCAGUCAGAAUGGACCUCAGGACAGGCUAAAUCCAUCCUGCGAGGAUUUCUGGAGGAUUCAGGCUAUUGCAUCCAGGAUCUGAAGAGCUUCCAUUUGGUAGGACUUGGUGCAACCCUAUGUGACAUGAAUAUCACUGAAAUCUCACGUAUAAAGAUCUCAGAAUUCAGGGUGGUCAUUGCCAGAAUUGGGAACCUGCUCUGCAGCAUUCAUGUCUUGGCAGAGUUCAAGAGGAAGGCAGAAGUUGUGUUUGGGGAUCCCACAGAAUGGUCUGGCUCUGUCUUGCAGGAACUCGGAACCAUUGCAGCUGGAUUAACUAAGGAAGAGCUCCGAGUGCUUGAUAAAGAUUUGAUGCCGUAUUUUCAACCAUCAGCAAUCAGAUGCCUUCCUGAUGAGAUUUUCAAAGAGCUCUCAGCGGAUCAGAUUGCCGCCCUGGGUCCCCAGAACGCCGCGGCUGUGACCGCGGCCCAGCGCGGCCAGCUCAGCGUGCCGCAACUGCAGAGCCUCCAGUGGGCGCUAGAUGGCGCCAAGAUGCGUCUUUGGCUAGAUGCGGCCCCCAGUUCCAGCCCCACCUGGACCCCCUCCUCCCAUUCUCCAGGAGCCUCCAUUCCCCUGGGUCUUUGGCCUGGCUGCCUGUUGCUGGUUCUAGUGCCCCAGCUCAUGCGGUGAGUGGCCAGCACACAUCACCUCCCAGUGCUGAAGCUGCUGGCCGAAGACCUUGAUCUGAGACCAGGGCCAGGGCCUUGAAACUGGAAAGUCACAAAAAAGAAGAAAAAUUACUAACAAUGAUCUCGCAAAUUCUUAAGCUGCCUUGUUCACUUAGCUGAGACACAUCCUCUGCCCCAUUUCAGCCUCUCUUGUUUUCCAGCCUAAAGAUAGAAGCUGUUCGGGAAGGGGGUGGGUGGUUCUGUCAACAGCAUGAGGACCUUGUAUACAAGUUACUGCCCUUUCUUCAGAGAGGCCAGAACAAUGGGUUCAGGCAAAAACAUCACUUUAGCCAGGUU